AUGGCCACCUUCACCAGGCCGAGAGACCAGUUCGCCGCUGAGAAAGCUCAUUCUUCUCCUGGAGCUUCGCAGACGUCAUCAGCAGCUGGCUCUCCAGAAUUCCCGCCCGUCAGACAGAAUGGCAUUGCUGCUGUUCCUAGCACCGAGAACCUCAAUGGGAACGGCCAUGCUGCGCCACCAGCCGAGCCACAUAAAUCCACUCUCGCGCAGCAGCCAGAAAAGCCCUCAAUGACAAAGCGACUCACUCGCAUGUUCUCAACAAAAGAUUCCUUGCGCUCAGAGCUCAGCAUAACUUCCCAACCCGCGACCAACGGCACUUCUUCCAAAACCGACUUGGUUGCGACCUCGCAAAAACCCAAGCCUCCUUCCCGGCAGUCGUCUUCGACCGACAAAGGAACUAGCAAGACCGAAAAGCCCGAGAAGCCCACGACGGCGCCAGCAAAGGACAAGAAGGCGGCGGGGACGGCCUCUGCGCACCAGAGGUACAUCCCCAAUGCCGACCUCAAGGGUGGCCAUGAGCACCACCUCAAGAGCGCGAAGAGGCAAGAGAAGUUGUCGGACAUGCUCCGGAAUGUGAUCAGUGGCAAGACCAAGGCUCCAGAGCAUGUACAGGAAGGGGAACAGCAACUGUCCCUCAUGUCAAGCUGGGUGGAUCAACUCAAGAGCGAACGCGAAAGCCUGGCCUCCGAGAAGAAGGGAGGCCCCAACGCGACCACUUCUUUGGUGGAGAAAUACGGCAAGUGCCAGGAGAUCGUCGGACGCGGCGCCUUUGGCAUUGUGCGGAUAUCCCACAAGCGCAGUGAAAAUGGAUCGGGGGAGCAGCUGUACGCGGUGAAGGAAUUCCGACGACGCCCCGAGGAGAACGAAAGAAAGUACAGCAAGCGCCUCACAUCUGAGUUCUGCAUAUCGUCUUCGUUACGCCACCCCAACGUGAUCCACACCCUCGACCUGCUGCAAGACUCCAAAGGAGACUACUGCGAAGUCAUGGAGUUCUGUGCCGGUGGUGACCUCUACACCCUGGUCCUGGCCGCUGGCAAGCUCGAAGCCAUGGAAGCCGACUGCUACUUCAAGCAGAUGAUGCGGGGUGUGGAAUACAUGCACGAGAUGGGAGUUGCACACAGAGAUCUGAAGCCUGAGAAUCUUCUCCUGACGACUCAUGGGUCCCUGAAGAUCACCGACUUUGGGAACGGGGAGUGCUUUCGGAUGGCCUGGGAAUCAGACGCACACAUGGUCUCUGGUCUCUGUGGCUCUGCUCCCUACAUUGCUCCCGAAGAGUAUAUCGACAAGGAGUUUGAUGCUCGAGCUGUGGAUGUCUGGGCUACCGGUGUCAUAUACAUGGCGAUGCGCACUGGACGUCAUCUGUGGCGCGUCGCCAAGAAGGACGAGGAUGAGUUCUACGCACGCUACCUGGAAGGACGCCGAGAUGAGGAGGGUUACGCGCCUAUCGAGUCCCUCCACCGAGCUCGCUGCCGCAAUGUCAUCUACUCCAUCCUCGACCCUAAUCCUUCUCGCCGGAUCACAGCCUCUCAGGUUCUCAAGUCCGAAUGGGGUCGGGAGAUCAAACUCUGCAAGGCUGGUGAAGAGGGUCUCUGA